UGCGCAGGCGAGGCAAGGCGAGGCAGCGGCUGCGAGUGGCAGCCUCCCCCGCCCUCGGUGCCUCGCGGCGGCCGUUGGUGGCUUUUCCACAGUGUUCUUAGCGAGGACCCAUGGUGGAAUGCGUUGCGCAUUGAAACGAAUGUAUGUUAAUAAUGUGCCUGAUCUCAACAUCUGCAGAAGAGAAAUUACAAUUAUGAAAGAGCUCUCUGGACACAAGAAUAUUGUUGGCUAUUUGGAUUGUGCAAUUAAUCCUGUCAGUGAUAAUGUAUGGGAGGUGCUGAUUUUAAUGGAGUAUUGUCGAGCGGGUCAGGUUGUGAAUCAGAUGAAUCAGCGUCUGCAGACAGGGUUUACGGAGUCAGAAGUGCUGAGGAUAUUUUGUGACACUUGUGAAGCUGUUGCCAGACUGCAUCAGUGUAAAACCCCCAUCGUUCACCGGGACCUCAAGGUAGAGAAUAUCUUGUUAAAUGACAAUGGAAACUAUGUCCUUUGUGACUUUGGCAGUGCCACUAACAAAUUCCUUAAUCCCCAGAAAGAUGGUGUUAAUGUAGUUGAAGAAGAGAUUAAAAAGUAUACAACCCUGUCAUACAGAGCUCCUGAAAUGAUCAAUCUUUAUGGAGGAAAACCAAUUACUACCAAGGCAGAUAUCUGGGCACUUGGCUGCUUGCUUUAUAAACUUUGUUUCUUCACGCUUCCUUUUGGAGAGAGUCAGGUUGCUAUUUGUGAUGGAAGUUUUACCAUUCCAGACAAUUCUCGGUAUACCCAUCAUCUCCAUUGUUUGAUAAGGUACAUGCUGGAACCUGAUCAAGAACGGAGACCUGAUAUCUUUCAAGUAUCUUAUUUUGCCUUUAAACUUGCCAAAAAGGAUUGUCCGUUGUCCAAUAUUAAUAAUUCUUCUGUCCCUUCAACUCUUCCUGAACCCAUGACAGCUAGUGAGGCAGCUGCUAGGAAAAGCCAAAUAAAAGCCAGAAUAACAGAUGCCGUUGGACCAACAGAAACCUCAAUUGCACCACGACAAAGACCAAAGGCUAAUUCAAGCACUGCCACUUCUAGCGUGCUGGCGAUCCAGAGUUCGGCAACACCAGUGAAGGUACCAGCUCCUGGUGAACUUGGUAACCGUAUGCAAAAAGGAACCAUGCAACCUGGAAACGGACAAGAUGUCUUGUUGUCCCAAGGGACCAAUCAGCACCCUUCUCAACAAAAUAGAGUAUUGCAGCAAUUGCAGCAGGGGGAUUGGAGAUUACAACAACUGCACCAUUUACAGCACCAGCAGCAACAGCAGCAACUACUUCAAGAUGCUUACAUGCAGCAGUAUCAAGCAAUGCACCAGCAGAUGGUCCAGCAGCAGCUCUUGAUGCAAUCUAUGUACCAGCAGCAGCCUUCCCAGUCCCAUUAUCCUGCCAUGGUGCAGCAGUACCAGCAAGCUCUCUUACAGCAGCAGAUCCUUGCACAGCAACAGCAGUCACAGUCCCCUGAAUAUCUUACCUCUCCUCAAGAAUUUUCACCAGCCUUAAUCUCCUACUCAACAUCUCUUCCAACCUGUGUUGGAGCAGCGAUGGAUUCCCCUUACACUACCAGUAGGUCAGCCAUUCCUGAUGCAGAGGCAGUUUCCAGUUACCCAAAGCAGAACAUCAAUAACCCACCUGAUAUGUCAGGUUGGAACCCAUUUGGAGAAGAUAAUUUCUCUAAACUAACAGAGGAGGAGCUGCUGGACAGAGAAUUUGACCUUCUGAGAUCAAAUAGGCUCGUGGACAGGAGAGCAUCCUCAGAUAAGAAUGUGGAGCCAUAUUCUGCUCCACAGAGCAAUCCUCCAGAAGAUCCCUUUGGUUCUGUACCUUUCAUUUCUCACCCAGGUUCCCCAGGAAAGGCAAUUAAUACCUCAGCCAGCAAUCAAGAAAAUAAAGUAGGGGGCCAACCCAGGGCAGACAAGUCCAUUGAGGGCUCAAGAGACGACCGGCCGGGAAGGAAGACUACAGAAGGACAAGUGCAAAAAGGGAGCGAUGAGUCAGAGAGUGACUUUGAAUCUGAUCCUCCUUCUCCCAAAAGCAGUGAGGAAGAAGAACAGGAAGAUGAAGAAGGUUUACAGGGGGAGCAUGGAGACUUUAAUGAUGACAACGAUACAGAACCUGAGAAUUUAGGCCAUAGGCCACUCCUUAUGGAUUCUGAGGAUGAAGUAGAAGAGGAGGAAGAAGAAAAGCAGAGCUCUGAUUCUGAUUCUGAUUGCACCAAGCAAAAACCUGUGGAAAGGAUCCCUUGCAGUAAGUACAGAGAAGGGCCUGGUGAUGGUGAAGACAAGCAAGUCAACAUAAUGCUCACUUCCUUAUCUGAGCUACCAAGUACUGUGGCCAAGACUACUUUUCCUGGCCUAGGCCAAGAGCAAGAUGACUUUGAUGUCUUCACCAAGGCCCCAUUCAGUAAGAAGGUGACUCAACAAGAUGGCCAGAUUGCAGGACCUGAGACCCAGAUUGCCUCUGUCUCUCCCCAAAGCGUGGAUAUUUUUGGCUGCACCCCAUUCCAGCCUCUCCCUACCCCUAAGAGCAGUGAGAGUAAAGAGGACCUAUUUGGGCUGGUCCCCUUUGAUGAGAUAACAGGCAGCCAGCAGCAGCAAAAAGUGAAGCAGCAGCGAAAUUUACAGAAACUUUCCUCCCGUCAAAGGCGCAUGAAACAAGAAGUGUCCAAAAGCAAUGGGAAGCGUCACCAUGGCACCCCAACGAACACCAAGAAAACGUCAAAACCCAGCUUCCGCACCCCUGAGAGAGCCCGCAGGCACAAGAAAGCUGGUCGCAGGGACUCCCAGAGCAGCAAUGAGUUCCUAACGAUCUCAGACUCUAAGGAAAACAUAAGUGUUGGACUGACUGACAGCAAAGAUCGAAGCAACCCUUUGCAAGUGGAUGAGAAUCUGCUGGACCCGUUUGGGGCUAAACCUUUCCACCCACCAGACUUGACGAAGCACCCCCAGCAUCAAGGACUUGGUGACAACCGUGGGGACCAUAACACAGUAGUGCCAGGUAGACCUAGACAGAGCUCCCUACAUGGGCCUAUUCACAGUAGUGAUGGGCUUAAAACAGAUGACUUUGGCGCAGUACCCUUUACAGAACUGGUUUUGCAGAGUGCACAGACCCAGCAGCAGCAGGCAUUAGAGUUAGAUCCAUUUGGGGCAGCUCCAUUUCCUUCCAAACAGUAAUUGCUUCCAACAGAUUCAUUCUGAUUCUCUCUCGUGCUUGUUCUCAUUCUCUCCAUUAUUUAAUGUCAGUUUUACGUAGUACAAUAAUUCACCCAGUUGAAUUGACAGGAAAAUGAUUCUUUUUGUAUAGUUUAUUCAGACUCAGUAAGUACUCCACAACCAGCACACCCCCAUCCCUUAAAAUCAUGAGAUUUUGUAUAGAGAAAAAUGCAAAAAAGCCCCCCCAAAAAACACAUAAGCAAAAAACAAACAAACAAUAAAACAAAAACAACAAAAAUCAGGAGGAGAAGCAAGUAUUUCACUAGGACAAUGGAUUCCCAGAGCCCAUGAGGAAUCUGAUGCAAGUAAUUCAGAAUCAUUCUGCACUUUUGUAUUGCUUUUUCACUCUGGCAGUACAAAAGAGAAAGUCAUGGAGCAAGGUCUACCAUAAUGUGUCUAGUUGACCUAACAGAAUAUAGAAUCUUAUCUUCAAAUCAUUGACUAUCUCUGAAUCCAGAAUAGAUCUAGGAACCUGUAUGUGCUGGGACCCAUAUUGAUCUGCUGGAAGUUUUGGAGUCUGUUCUUGCCAAGUGAAAACUACCUUUCCUGAUCCUAAGAGAAAAAGAAAAAAAGCCAACUCCUUAAAGGAGUAUGGUGGUGGCUUGAACUAAUGCAGCUCUGUGCACAACUAGGGACGAAAGGCAGAAUUUUUUUUUUUGUGCCUAAAUGUUUUAAUUUUUUUACAGUAAGUGCCAUUAAUGUAAAAUAGUGAACUGGAAGCCUAGAGUAAAAAUUAAAGAUACAGAGAAUAUAUUGGUUUGCUAGGUAAAAGCGUGAAUGUAGGGAAACAAGAUAGCAGGGAUACGGGCAGCAUUUGCAGCACUUUGAAGACUGCGCUGGAGAAGAGGAACUUGUUGACCUGGGUGAACUAUCUGGCACAGCAGGAAUACAUCAUAUCAUUGGUAGAAUUGACAGUGAAUGCAAAAAAUGCAAAGAUGACCAUAGGUUUUAUUCAAUUAUGCAUUAGAGUUCCUGUCUGAAAGUACCUUUUUUUCCUCUUGCAUUUUUAUUCCAAAAGAACUCUGUAUUCCUUACAAAUUAUGUUUUUUAAACAAAUAAUAAUUCUAUGAAUUGACUGUCACCUAAUAUUCUUUAAGUUCUGACAAAUCUAUUAUUGUAAUAUAGUGUAUUUUAUAAGAAAGUUUCUGCUAACUGCACUGAGAUACAAUGAAAUAACAUCCUGAAACCAGACAAUUCCAUAGAAGCAGAAAGCAGCAAGUAGCUUGCAGAUGCUGAUUACUACUCUACCAGUAAACUGCAUUUCACACCACAAAGCCUUACUGGCAGGACACACAGCCUGCUUACAAAGUACCUCUGAGCCAAUUGGUGCAUGAGACAUUGCUAAAAGCUUACAGUCCACAGUGUGUCAUCAGAUGAUGGGAUGGUAAUAUAAAUUUACUGGUUAAAGCACGAUUUGGUUACCUUUGUUAAGCAAAAAGAAAAGUAUUUUCUUUAUAAAGGCCUGGUUCUCCAGUGUCCUGCACCUUGGGCAUAGUUAUUUAACACCAAUUGUGAAGUGAGUGAAAAAUCAGAAUAGUGGAUUGUGACAUUCUUUUUGUAUUCAUUUUUAACAGUGUUGAUGACUAGACAUGGUAGAAGGAAUUGGGCCCUGGGUAUUUCAGCAUUGUUUUUUGCUCUGAACAUAGAUAUUUUGCAAAAAAGCCUAAUUUUUUUUUACCACAUGAGGGGCAUGGAUGAUUGAAGUUUAUGUAUAGAUGCAGUGGCUGUUCCAUCAUUUACUGUAGAUGAUAAACAAAUUAUCUAGAUUUAUGCCUUUUUUUCUGUGUUUUAUUAACAGAAGUAAGGUUAAAUUAGAUACAGACUUCUCCAAAGAUUUUGCAGAGAGGUUUGGAUCUCAUUAAGAAAAACAACUUUAAAACAAGUCAUUGCUCUCUUUUGGGAGCUUUAAGUUUUAUUGCACAAUGGUUCGUUGGAAUGAGUGAAAGCCACUGAUAAGGAAAAUGUUCAGAUCUUCCCUGGUCUAAAAUUUGGGAAAAAGGAUGAAACACAAACAUGAAUCUUUAUUCCACUAUCUUCUCAUUUCCUUUAUUGUGGCAAAAUAGAUGGAAUUCAAAUACAGAGACUUGUUCAGUUAGGGAUGUUCUGCUUAAAAUGUUUAGCUUUGAAGACCUGGACAGACAUGAUUAAACUUGUAUUGAAUAGUUUUCUUUUAGGGUUUUCCCCCUAUUAUUCUCUCCUUCUCUUGUGCCAAAGGCUUUAAGAAGCAAACAUGAUGUUUGCAGGGUGAUUCCCCGCCCCCCCCCAACUCAGGUUAACUGUGAUUUUUUUUUUUUU